AGAACAGAGUAUUCUCCAUAGCCUGUAUGAUGCUGCUUCAUUCAUAAAAAUUGUUUUUCUUGUCUUGUGCUUGUAUUUAUAUUUGUGUCUUCAUCUUGAUGUAUGAAGAUGUAACUCUCCUCUUGUACUAAUGAUAACACAUUUGAACUGAACUGAUCAGUGACUUUGCACUGAGAUUUAAUCCAUUUAUAAACAGCAGUUGUGUCAGCUGGUCUGUCGUCCACCUGGCGACAGCUGCUGUGUCUCUCUGCCUUCUGCUGCGUCUCACAACAGACAUCUAAUCUGCUCUUAGGUUGGGUUCAUAACAUAAAGGGGAUUUAAAGGGUUCUGGCCUGGAAAAAUGGGAUUAUAUCAUGCGCGUUUUGGCUGGUUUGUCCCUCAGCGGACACCGUACAAACAUUGCUGCUCCACUCUGAGCCUUUAAGGUUUGAGUGUUUUUAUAAAUCCUGCUCUGAUGGGUUUUGGUUGAGCGUCAAACAUGUGAAAUGUCUUUGCUGCGAAGAGCUAAAACGUGGGAAAUAUCGGACUCUGAAGGCAGCGACGCUGAAACUAAACCCGAUUUAAACCCCGAGGUGGCGACAGAGACAAAGGAGGACCAGAGUUCAGGAGACCAGAACAGAAGUGUCCUGCCGGCAGCAGCUGGGAGGCAGUCUGCUCCAAGUCUGAGUCCUCCGAGACCUCAAGGAUCCGGAACACCGAGUCCGACGAGAAAACGGCGCACAAAGGAGGAGAUAGAAGCGGACAGACAGAAAGCCAAGGAAAGAAAGGAGGAGAGGGAGAGACAGAGAGCAGCCAGGGUCCAGGAGAAGGAGGAGAGGAGAGAAGCUGCCGAGAGGCUCAAGAGUCUACGGCCGGAAAACUGCCUCAAGUGUCUGACGGUCCGCCUGGAUCCAGCUCUUCUGCAGCAGGAUGGCUCAGACAUCUUGCUGGACACCUUGGCUGCCUUUGAGUGGAGGUUUAGUAUUGAGAGUCAGCAGCUUUCUCACAGCAUCACCUGGACCAGAGACUUACCUCAGCAGGGAGAAGAUGUGUCUGUGGAGGAGGAGCAGGUGGUUCUGGUCCUGGGUUUGGCUGACUUCAUGGACAUGGUGAUCUCUGUGAAAAGAAUGCUAGACAGCGAAGGGGAGGAGACGGAGAGGGGGUCUUUCCUGAGUCCCCUUUUGGAGUGUCUGAACCGUGAUGCCCAGAAGGUGGUCACUCUGUUAGUGAUCGAGUCAAAUUACAGCAUAAAUGCUUGUGGUGAGCAUCCACGAGAUGAGAUGCUUCAAUCCAAGUUAGGGAUGAAGAAUGUGGACAUUGAGGAGGUCCUUGUGUACCUGCAGCUCUGCAAAAAUAUCUCACUGGUCUUCUUGGAUGGCUGGCAGGACGUCACUGAUCAUGUUUGUGCCGUCACCAAGGCCUUGUCGAAACGCCCUUUCAAACUCCUGACAGAGCGAGCAGAGCUACCUUUCUGCGUGGACGGUUCGUGGGCCAGUGGGGUUCGGGUCGAGAGGGACGGCUCGGGGCUGGUUGAGGUCUGGAGCAAACAGAUCCAGCAGCUGAACAGAGUGAGCCCUGCUGUGGCCUCCGCUGUGACCGCGUCCUACCCGUCUCCUCAGCUGCUGCUGCAGGCUUACCAGAGCUUGGCGUCGGAGGAGGAGAGGAAGGGGCUGCUGGCUGGUCUCUUAGUGAAAAGCGGAGGCAAAGAAAGACGCAUUGGACCGGAGAUAUCAGCCAGAGUUUACCGCUGCGUCACGGCCCAGAACCCCCAGCUGGUCCUGGAUUAGUCUGCUUGCUUGAGAUGGAGAUAGAAGGAUGAAUCAUGGUUUCCAAUGACACUUGGUCACCACUUGGAUGCGAAUAUGUUAAUGUUUACAAGCUAAAAAUACUUUUGAUAUCAUGUUCACUGUCGAGGAAAGCACUAUUUAUACUGAACAGAUUCAAUGAAGAGAAUAUAAUAAUGUAAUAUAUUUUGGAAAAUAAACAAUUCUAUGACAGUA